UCCAACGGUGCGAUUUUCCCCUCAAGACAAAACUCAACGCUGACCAAUCGCCGGAUCGACCGGUAUAUCUUCUAUCCACCAUCUCCAACCCCUCAUGUCUUUUGUAUCCUUUGUGUCGUGAUUGUCACCAGCAGAAUAACAUGCUACUUCAAGGCCAUUAUAUAUAUUUAGUUACCAUCUAAUCGCAAUUUCAGCCAUGGCGCAAAAUAUCGAAAGACUAUAUGAAGAUGCUAUAGCUUCAGGAUUGCUUCCUGGUGUCUCAGUUAUCGCAGGAGAUAAAUACGGCAAUGAAAUUUACUCCAAGUCCUUUGGAAAGGCAAGUCUCAAGGAGGGCACUGAUCUUCCUUACACGGACUCCACAAUCAGCAGUAUUGCUUCCAUGUCCAAGCUCAUGACUGCGGUCGCUGUUCUGCAGUGUGUCCAAGACGGGACUUUAGACCUAGAUAAAGAUAUCAAGGCAUUGCUUCCUAAUAUCGGAAAAUACGGCAUUAUUACUGGCUUCGACGACGACAAAAACAUUGGCAUUUUUACGCCUAACUCCAUUCCUAUCACUCUUAGGAUGUUACUUACUCAUACAUCUGGCCACGAGUACGAUUGGUUCAACCCCUUGCUUGUUAAGUGGCGCGCCUCACGCGGCGAAAGGCCGUUCUCCGGCCCAGAUGCUGAGCACAUAGCUACCUUGCCUCUAAUGUACCCUCCGGGCACGGGAUUCUCAUAUGGUGUGAAUUUUGAAUGGGCUGGCAAGGCAGUCGAAGCUGUUACCCACCUCAGCCUCGACGAAUUCAUGCGCGAACGUAUCUGGAAGCCUCUAGGAAUUGAAAAUGACGCUAGUUUCUUCCCAAGAGCGAGAGACGGCAUGAAAGAUAGAAUAGCUGACCUUAGCACACUCAACGAGAAAGGAGAGCCGCCGGCAGUGGAUGCCUCGGACUUUGAUAUGAUUGGCGGGGUGUCUGACUGCUUGGGAGGCGCGGGCGUAUUCACAACUUCAAGAGCUUACUACACGUUUCUUUCCGCUCUACUUCGGCGAGACCCCAAGCUCCUAUCACCCGCGCUGUACGAAGAGCUUUUCCGCCCGCAGCUCGACGAAAAGCUAGAGCAGAAAUUGAACGAUGAUAUCGCCUUGCCGGAGAAGACGCAGUACCUCGGCCUGCAGAUUCCAUUGUCUAUCAGGAAGACGUGGAGCUUCGCGGGCCUGGUAGUGAAGGAAGGCCAGGAGGGCUGGUUCGCACCGAAUACCGUGUUUUGGGGCGGAUAUCCGAGUUGUAUGUGGUUUAUUGACCACGAGACGGGCAUCUGUGGGACGGCAGUCUGUCAGAUUAUACCGGCUAUGCAUCCUAAAGUCAUUGCUCUUCAUGGAGAGUUCCAGAAGGCUAUAUUUAGCCUUGUAAAGGCGAAACAGAACUAGUCAUCUUUUCCGUAUUCAAAACUCUCGAGGUUAUGGGUAUAGAAGCAAACGGGUUUUUGAAAUUUGUCUUGAGUGGCAAUGAGCGUUUGUGAUAAUACUCCAUCGAGGCCAAUGAACGAAGCCAGUCAUUUAAUAUAUACUUAGAUACACUGAAGUCUUUUCAAUCCACGCGCUUCAAUCGAUAUAUGCCCACAUAUACCUCCGCACCAAGCACAAUGUUUCAUUGGUCACAGUCAUGGUAACAUUCAUCUUGAACUCCGUUGUUACAGGCUGGGUCAGUUGGUUCAGUACAGAUCCAGCUCUCAUAAUAUUGGCAGGUUUUAUCUGCAUAUACGAUAAUAUUAGCUUAGUAUUUCGCAAUUUAGCCUUUAAAGACAAUAAGUCAGUGUUUGCUGGAGCUAUUCCACCUACGCUGGCAAACUUUGCUGCCUGAGCAAUCAUUUCGAGUCGAGCACUCACGAGUUUGGCCAAAGACACCCAGUCCAAGAGAAAAGACCAAGAGAACUUGAACAAGAUGCAUGGUGCUGAGGAAGUUCGUAGGAAUAAUGGCAAUAAUAGAGAAUAUCGUUUCAAUGCGAUGGUGGAUGUCGUAGGUGUUUGAAGUUGUACCCUUUAAUGAUCUGAUUUAAGCGUACCGAGAACCAAGAACUCGAUGAUGUGCUCAACUUUAUAUACACAGAUUGCUUCC